GCCCUCCUGCCCUCACUUGAGUGAGGGAGAGAGAGAGGAGGGGGAGGUUGCGCGUUCUGUGUGAGCCUCGAGGAUGCACGCUUGUCGCAUCACUCGGACAGCGAUGGUGGUUUGCUCAAUUGCACAUGUUCCCACCUCAUAGCUGAGCCCAUCACAUCUCACAAUUUCGGCAAUUUUUGUAUUCUUCUCCCCCCUGCCUGGCUGGCUGGUGGGAUUUUUGGGGUCCCUGGCCCAGGGUGUGGCCGAGUAAUCGUAGUAGGUGGGUGUGUGAGAAGGGGAUCUUAGAAAAUUAGGCGACGAGGGCAGGAAUUGCCGUGCCAUUUCGAGGAUUGAGGUCUCCAUGGAGGACAUCGAGGAUAUGAUCGGGGAUUUCGGUGGUGCGCCGCUGGGACUGCACUUACCCAAGACCGAUUCCACGUCCGGCUCGGGUCGUCGCAACGGCACCAAUGCUGUGACCAUCAAGCCGCGGCGUAGAAUUUCGGCGCAUUCGGGCGGCGUGCGGGAUGCUGCAUCGAACUCAUUAACGUGUGUGGACACCGCCGGCGAGACGACGUCCGCUCCGGAUAAAGUGCCCGGAACGGAGACAGUCUACUUGAAAACUUUUGGCUGUUCACACAAUCAGAGUGACAGCGAGUACAUGGCUGGGCAGUUGUCAGAUUAUGGAUAUAGUGUCACGGAUGCUCCCGACGGUGCUGACCUGUGGCUUAUCAACACCUGCACGGUCAAGAACCCAAGUCAAUCAGCUAUGGAGAACCUCAUUCGCAAAGGUAAAGACGCCGGGAAACCACUUGUAGUAGCGGGCUGUGUUCCUCAAGGUGACAAAAACCUGAAAGACCUAGAAGGAGUCAGUGUGGUGGGGGUUCAACAAAUUGAUAGAGUUGUUGAAGUUGUAGAAGAGACACUCAAGGGCCAUGAGGUUCGACUACUUCGACGCAGUUCUCUCCCUUCUCUUGAUCUUCCCAAAGUUAGAAAGAAUAAGUUUGUGGAGAUAGUGCCUAUCAACGUGGGUUGUCUCGGUGCAUGUACUUACUGUAAGACCAAGCAUGCACGUGGACAUCUUGGGAGCUAUCCUUUGGCAUCGUUGGUGGAUAGGGUGAAGGGAGUGGUUGCCGAAGGUGUGAAGGAGAUAUGGCUCAGUAGUGAAGAUACUGGCGCUUAUGGAAUAGAUUUGGGAACGGAUUUGCCAACACUUCUCAAUGCAUUGGUGGAUGUUCUUCCUAAAGACCGUAGCUGCAUGCUGCGGAUUGGCAUGACUAAUCCACCUUACAUUUUGAAACAUCUUGAGAGCAUUGCUGCCAUUUUGAAUCAUCCAUGCGUUUACUCAUUCCUUCAUGUCCCUGUGCAGUCUGGCAGUGACAAUGUCUUGUGUGCAAUGAAUCGAGAAUACACAGUUAGUGAUUUCAAGAAAGUAGCAGACACUUUGCUGCGUCUUGUGCCAGACUUGCACCUCGCAACUGACAUCAUAUGUGGAUUUCCUGGAGAAACUUCUGAGGACUUUGAAGCUACAAUGGCAUUAGUAAAAGAAUAUAAAUUUUCUCAAUUGCAUAUAUCUCAGUUCUAUCCUCGCCCAGGUACCCCAGCUGCAAGGAUGAAACGAGUUCCUACGGCAGAAGUAAAGAAGAGGAGUCGUGAACUCACUACACUCUUUGAAUCCUUCAACCCUUAUUCAGGGAUGGAGGGCAAAGAGCAAAGAGUGUGGGUGACUGAUGUAGCUUCUGACGGGGUUCAUCUUGUUGGGCAUAACAAAUCCUAUGUCCAAGUUCUACUACCUGAGGCAGAAGGACUUAUGGGCAGCAGCGUUGAUGUAAAGAUCAUCUCUGUGAAUAGGUGGUCAGUUAUGGGUGAGGUCCUUAAGCCUGCCAAACCCAUCAAGCAAAAGAGAACAUAUUCCUUGUCCUCCUUGCUCAGAGCCAGUAGCAUGCCGGUGAAGCCGACAACUGCGAAGAGAGAGGUGAAACCUGCAAUUGUGGAGAGAGCGUGCGCAUCGGGAGAUGAGCCUUGUUCUUGCUCAUCGAUUGCCAAGGAUAGCCCAAAAUUUGAAGGAAGAAGUGAGGUUACCGACUCUUGUGCUUGUGGCACUGAAAGUUGUUCAAGCAACCAGAAAGAUGAUAAAGAGGACGCGUACAACAUCUUUGCUGAGGUUUGCAGUUUGUUUGAUAAAAAUGGCAUCAAGUUGGACAGUUUGGAACGUAAUCGGUCCCUUGAGAAGCACAAAGCAAAGUUUAUACUUGGUGAGGAUGAUGGUGGAACAGUCGACAUAAUUCAGGAUACAGAAACUGUGAGGUCAGCGAGGUUUGAUUGGUUGCUCAUAACAGGGCUGGUUUUUGGGCUAACUGGAAUCCUUUCGGGUCUUUUUUACAUGGGGCUCUCUAGUGGUAGCUAGGUCUCUCAUUAUGAAAGCAGGAUGUAGCGGUUCAUUCAAGCUUAAAUAGUUCAUUGAAUGAUGUCUCUCAGGACUGUGUUUAGGAUGCAAGGUGAUACAAGUUAUGUAGGAUGGAUUGGACAUUUUGAACAAUGACAUAUAGCUCAUGUCAGCAUAGAAUUAUUUCACCAAAGAUGACACUCCCCACAGUUUUGCAUUGGCAAUUGGAUUCUUUGACGGAAAGAAUAGAUCGUGUCGAUUUUUUCUGUGGAGAACUUGUAUUCUUCAAGGAUAGUCCUGAAAGUGAGUGACCAGAAUUCUGAUAUUCCAAUUAGUGGAUCCUGAACAGAAAAGAAAUAAUCGUACUUCAACUUUUUAGUCUUCAAUUCAUUUGAGUUGGUGUCAUUGCUCUUAAA